UGGCCAAAAAAACCAAAAAAAAUAAAAUAAAAAAACCUCUUAGACAAAUUUAUUACUCCCACUCACACAGUAUCAGAGUAAGCGCGCACACAGAAAGAGAAAUGUCUGCAACAACUUUGUCUUCUCCGCCAUCAUCUCUCUCCUCUCCUCUUCAGCAGGGGUUAGGAUCCAAGCUUCCUCUUCGUCCUUAUCUCACCUUCAACUUCCGACGAUCAUCAAUUGCAUUUCCUCAACUUCGUGCUUCUGCUAACAAUCUAUCUUCUUCUCUCGAUUCUGAUUUGAACUCUGAACUUGAUGCUGUUUCGAGGUUCAGUGAGAUUGUUCCCGACACCGUCAUUUUCGAUGAUUUCCAAAGGUUUCCACCUACUGCUGCUACUGUUAGUUCAUCGCUUUUGCUAGGUAUUUUGAGUCUUCCUGAUACAAUUUUCAAGAGUGCGGUUGAUACUGCCUUGGCAGAUUCUGAGUGUGCUACUAUUGGCAAGUUGGAUGCUAGAUUGUCAUGUUUUUACGAUAAGGCCCUGGUGAAUUGUGGUGCUGAUUUGUCUAAGCUAGUACCUGGUAGGGUGUCGACUGAAGUGGAUUCUCGUCUAGCCUACGACAGUCAUGGGAUAAUUCACAAGGUGCACAAACUUUUGAAGCUAUACAAUGAUGUUGAGGUCCCCGCAGAGCGUUUGCUGUUUAAGAUUCCUUCAACAUGGCAGGGAAUAGAGGCUGCAAGGGUGCUGGAAUCUGAGGGCAUACAGACCCACUUGACUUGUGUUUACAGCUUUGCCCAAGCAUCUGCAGCAGCCCAAGCUGGAGCAUCUGUUAUUCAGAUUUUUGUUGGUCGCAUAAGGGAUUGGGCACGUAAUCAUUCCGGUGACUCUGAGAUUGAUGCUGCACUUGAAAGAGGGGAAGAUCCUGGGUUGGCUUUGGUGACAAAAGCAUAUAAUUAUAUUCAUAAAUAUGGUCACAAGUCAAAGCUAAUGGCAGCAGCAGUUCGCAACAAGCAGGACCUCUAUAGUCUUCUUGGGGUUGAUUACAUCAUAGCACCUCUUAAGGUACUGGGGUCGCUAAAAGAAUCUAUAACCUCUCCUGAUGAGAAAUAUGCUUUCAUGAGGAGGCUAUCCCCACAAUCUGCUGCUACAUAUGAGUUCAGCAAAGAAGAGCUUGUGAAGUGGGACCAAAGAAGCUUGGCAUCAGCGAUGGGGCCUGCUGCAGUUGAGCUUCUCACUGCCGGGAUUGAUGGUUAUUCUAAUCAAGCAAACAGAGUUGAGGAGUUAUUUGGAAAGAUUUGGCCACCCCCGAAUGUGUGAAUAUUCGAUGCUCUUGCGUGCAACUGAGGACUAAUUUUCUCUUCCAAAAGAGUAAUAUGAUGCAUUCACCACUUGACUCGGCUAAUCUUUUGAUCUCUGGAAAUAAACAGCCUUCCCUUUCUUUUCCUCUAUUGGAUGAGAGAUGGCAUGCUAUCUCGAAUAAAAGAUAUUAUCCUUUCUACUUAUCUAGACUGUUGACUUGUCAAAUAUAAACUAGAAGACUUACCUUGUUUCUUUGUGCUUUGGGGAUGGCCAGAUGGGGGCAUCUCUUGAAUGUCAUUUGACACAAACAUAAAUGGUUUACUGUUUAUUAAUUUCAAGGAAAAUAUUUGUGAUAUACAACGAAUGAGUUCCGUCAGCUUCUUAUCCUCA